UCUAGGAUAAGGGCAGAGGUUGUCCUUAAGAGUCCGGGAUUUCCCACAAACUAUAGACUUUAUUCUCUGUAACUUUCAUCAAAUAAAAUAUGUACUGUAGUUCCAAAAAAGGAAAAAAAUAAACUACAUUUCCCAGCUGACCACAGCAUUUACUUUGGAAUAAGCAUUUUUUCCCCCGAGGUAAUGGACCGCAGGUGGCGUCAGUGAUGGCCUGCGCUGAUCCGCCUUCUAGUGAAUAUAAUUAAAAUAUGUGUUCGUUUACCGAAAAGCCUUUGUGGUUUGCUUGUGAUGUUACGGCUUCUGCCUCUGCGUUUGUAACCGCAGUGUUCACCGGUGGCCACUAGGGGGCGCAAUGCGCCGCUGCGAGUCCACUGGGUCUGAGCAGGUGUGGAAGCGGUUGGCUCGAGAUGAGCACAGCGUGUCUCCUUCCAGAUCUAUUUUCCGAGAGAUGUCUUAGUACUUCACCUGUAUCCCUCAAUAAAAAAACUAGAUAUAUGUGGGCAUUGUCUUAAAUAUUACAAAUGCAUGGUUUGUAUAUGAAGAACGUUUAAAGGCACCACCUCUACAGUACAGUACUUUGGAAACUCAAAUCUGUUGAUCUGUUAAAACUGCUUUUAGCGUGGUAGACCUGGAAAUUCACGACUGCGUUUUGGCAGGGUUUACAAUCGCGGAGCUAAACUCCAUAAAUAUCCAUCCAAUUUGAAAACAAACUUUCAUGAAAAGGUUAAAGACACAAUACAAAAUGAGAUGGAAAGUCGAAAAGAAUCUCUCCUCCACCGAGAGCCGCCGCGCCUGUCUUUAGUGCGCUGCGCCUUUAAGACGCCCGUCUCCAAGGGAUAGCGUGUGACGUCAGCAGCGCCGUAUCCAAGCCCCAGCGAGCUCCAGGCGGGGAAGAGGGAAUCUCGCGGCUGUCCCCUGCGGAGUCUCGAGGCGAGCGAGGCAAUUUCAAACGGCUCCCGAGAGCGCGGCGCGGCGCGAGGACACCGCGGCGAUGGCAGAAGAGAACUCCACCACGGCCUCCGUGAACAUGGAAUCGGGCGAAUCACAGGAGCAGGCGCCUGUGGCAGCAGGCAGUCCGACAGUUGGCACAGAUUUGUCUAUCCAGCGCACCCAAGAGGAGCACGAGGAGGGCGAGACCUCAGAGCAAGAGACGGAGGGCGACUGCGCUGACCCCUCAGCCACUGAUGCAGACGCUGACCCAGUUGAGGUCCAGGUGAAGAACGAGCGGGAGGAGGAGUACGUCAGGAGCGAGGAAGGGGGGGAGUGCCGCGAGGAGGCGGACGCGGACCAGUAUCUCUCCCCCCUGGAUUACGCGCGGUACGAGAACUCGCCCGCGGACGGUUCGGCCGGCUCCUACCUGGGCUCGCGGGCCGGCAGCGGGAAGCUGAGCUGCGACAUCUGCGGCCUGGCCUGCGUCAGCCUCAACGUGCUGCUGGUGCACAAGCGCAGUCACACUGGGGAGCGCCCGUUCCACUGCACGCAGUGCGGCGCCUCCUUCACGCAGAAGGGGAACCUGCUGCGCCACAUCAAGCUGCACUCCGGGGAGAAGCCCUUCAAGUGUCACAUGUGCAGCUACGCCUGCCGUCGGCGGGACGCCUUGAGCGGGCACCUCCGCACGCACUCAGUGGAGAAGCCGUACAAGUGCAACUACUGUGGGAGGAGCUACAAGCAGCGCAGCUCCCUGGAGGAGCACAAGGAGAGGUGCCACGUGUACAUCCAGAGCAAGGGCCACAGCGAAGGAGAGUCUGAAGACACCAAGGCUCCCAGAACACAGAUGGGAACAGAGAGAGCUCUAGUACUGGACCGACUGGCGAGCAACGUGGCCAAGAGGAAGAGCUCCAUGCCUCAGAAGUUCAUCGGUGACAAACGGCUCUGCCUAGACAUCAGCUACAGCAGCAAUAUGAUGUUUAGCAAGGACAGCGAGCUCAUCGCAAGAGGCAUGAUGGAGCCGCCGAUGGGGUACUUGGGUGCGGACGGCAUGCACCCCCUAAUCCAGACACCCUCCUCCGGGCCACCCCCUCCAGACAUGGUCCAGGUCAUCAGCAGUGCCUUCCCCAUCCCUCUGACCCGCGCGGAAAUGGCCAACGGCCACGAGUCAGAGAGCGGGGGCCACCAGCCUCACCCCCGAAUCAAACGGCAGCCGUCCAACCACGGCCCCUCGCCCAGCCACAGCGGGCAGGAGUCCCCAGACGCCGACAGCAACCACCCGGACGAGCGGAGCGGGCACGGGCCCCCGCUGUACAACCUGGGCCACCUGCUGAUCCCCCGGCCACGCAACGGGCUGCACGCCCCCGCGCCGCACCCCCACCCGCCCCACAGCCUGAAGGACCUGGGGCCCCGGCCAUACGAGGCCCUGAAGCCGCCGGCCGGCCUGUCGCUCCAGGAGGUGGUGAGGGUGGUGAACGCGGAGGGCGAGGCGGUGGGCGCGUACCGCUGCGACCACUGCCGGGUGCUCUUCCUGGACUACGUCAUGUUCACCAUCCACAUGGGCUGCCAUGGCUUCCGGGACCCCUUCGAGUGCAACGUGUGCGGCUACCGCAGCCAGGACCGCUACGAGUUCUCCUCGCACAUCGCCCGAGGCGAGCACCGCCUCCUGCUCAAAUAGUGCAGCCCGGCAGCGUUGGCAGAGAUGUGCUUGUCCAUACAGCUAUAUAGAUACUUUUUGAGUGCCUUACAUAUACGGUAUACAUAUACACGCGUUUACUGGAGGUUGGAAGUGCUACAGGAGGUAGCGUAGCAUUAAACAACUGAUCUGCUACUUGGCCACGGUUGUGCAUCGCUCUCUACGUGUCGGGGACGCACAGGAACUCUCAGGUUUUAGGCACUGAGCCGGCGACGCGGGACAUCGCCCAGCGCCCUGCCUGUGUGUGAAGACACCUUGAGCAAGGUGAAAGGUCGGGACUGCUGUCACUGCUGCCAAGCACUGCAGAAGCUUCCAAGAGCUGUGUUUGUUUUUUUUAAAUAUGCCUAUAUGUAUAUGGAGUGUGUUUUUUAUCUUUGUAUAAUCCUGUGUCUGUGUUGACGGCCCAUGUUCAAUCUAUUUCAGAUGAUGAUUUCCUCUGAUUUCGUUGUUUCUCUUGCAUUUGCAGUAUUCCAGGGCGCUCUGUAGUGCCUUUGCUGUUUUGGGGGUACACUGAUAGUUCCCACUUACUAGAUAUCUUAACUCAGGACUGAGGUCUCCCCGGUAUUUUCAUUUUCUAGAUAAAGCCCCUUGAUAUACCAGGGGGGAGUACUUGGUAUAUUGACCUUCUGGGAGUUGGGUUCUGAGUAAGAACCCCAUUUCAAUUUGAUACUGUAUUUCACCAAAGUUAGUGAAAAGAUAUUCCACUAGCACACCAGACACUGGGAUAGAACUGGGUGUAUACUUUCAUACCUCUGUAGAAGAAGAUGAAGGGAUACAAGCGUAGACCGUCAAUCUCCCAGCCACUAUUAUAUUACUCUGUAUUACUCUUGCUUUUUACUGCACUAUUUCCAGAAUGCUGGGCAUUUAUUUAUCUUGCGUUCAAAAAUGUACACUGGAGGAGUGCAUUAAAUAGGCACUUGUUUGUAUAAAUUCAUUUUUUGUGUGUAUAUAUACCCAGCAGCUGUCACUGCCCUGCACAUUUAUUACAAAUAAAAUAUGCUUUCUGCGGCUAGAAAAUGCUUUAAAAGAAAAGGUGAUAGAAAUAUCUGAGCAACACAUGUGAGGCGAUCUGAGGAGUGUCCCAGCCUAAAAAAGUUUGGAGUAAGGGGAGGAGAAAAAAUCGCAAAAUAAAAAUAAAACACAGUCCCAUUCAGAGAGGGACUGGAGUGGAGUGGGACUCUGUGUUGUUGCUCUCUAUGGGUUCUACUCCAAGCCUCAUUUACAUUGUUUGUAAUUUUUUUUAAUGUGUUGAAACAAGUGUAAUAUCUUCCAUGAACACAGCUGUGUUAAUGAGAAUGGCCUUCUCUCGCUUGUAACCUUAAUGUCUCAAUGCUCCUCUCACUGGGAUGGUUUCUGUUUUUGUCUUCUGUUUUGGUUUUCUGUGCAGUUUAAAGUUGAUUUAUUUUUUUUAUUUUAAAGCCUCAGUCAAAGACAUGCAGAUCAAGUUCUAGUGUUAUCCACACAUGCCCUUAAGAAAGCUCUGUUGAUAAUUUCUAGAGAACACUUGUGCAAUAAACAAAAUCCACAGCAAAAACCCUAUCUUCAUCUGACAUGUUUUUAUUCCUCUGCAUUUUCACCUGUUAAACAAACGUGUUGUGCAUAUUUACUAGAAGAUUGUCUUACAGACAGAUUUUGCUGUAAUUGUCAUAAAGUUCCUGACUCUCGGAACAAUGCCUUACUGUCAGGGCUCAUGCACCUUGGAGCAGACAGUAGCUGCUGGUUUUUAAAUUCCUUAGCAAAGAGUAAGGAUGUUCUGUUUCCUGCAAAAACACACUGACUCCGUUGGUGCAAAAUACAUUUUUUAUUUUGUGCGUUGAGAUUCAUCAGUCCUGUUUUGGGUUUUCUGAACUGCUUUAAGAUUGCAGUCAUGUGAGGCGCUAUAUGAACUGAAACGGCAGCUGUCCUGUUUCCUAAAUUGAGGUUGUGAAAAUGUUUGACACUUAUUUAGUUUUGUGGUACUGCAGUAUAACUACCACUGGAAGUGUGAUCAUACAAUACUGCCACACAAAAUCGUUCUUGUUUUAAGUUACAUAAUGUGAGGCUAUUACUUGCCCACCUACCAGCUAUCAUGCUGACUCACAGAAGGGUCUGACAGAGCUGUGUGGGCUAUAGUAGUCUCCUUUGUGUGCACACACAGGAUCCACCCUGUACUGCUCCUUACUGGACUGCAGUUUACUAAUAAAUGGACACAGUGGAGACAUCCCACUCUGUUUUAGUCUGGUGUUUUGCCUUAUCAAAGAAAGUGCGACACGGGGAGUCCUGACAUGACCCUAAGGAAAGACCCUUUACCCUGAUCGAGUGACUCUGGUGCGGUGUUGUAUGGAGUUCAUCUUGAAAGUUAGAGAGGAGGAGAAGUUCCAAUUCCACCAUCCGCCAGAUCUGAAUUCAGAACUCUAGACCACUGCUUUCCAGUGGUGAUCGCACUGCCCCCCAGCUCCACAACGAGCACAGCAGCCUCUUGGCUUAAAGUGGGGGAGGGGGAAUUAUAGGGUGUUCCGACUUACUUGUCCAUACUGGAUGUCUCUCUAGAAACAAAGAUGGUCAAAGCCAAAAUAUUGGUAGAGUCUCUUUCUACUAUUGACGUAUCUAACCCUGUCUAACCUUAUGAAAAUCAACUGUCUUCUGAAGUCAUGGGUUCCUGUUGCUUCAACAUGCCUUCACUGGGCUUUAUAACAAGAUCAUACAUUUUUCUAAGUGAAUUUUACCAUGGUGCACUGGUAUUCCUAUGGCCCAGUAUGGUAAAGCACAGUGAGAGCAGGCUCAGUCUUUAGUAAACCAUAGUACACCGUACAGAAGUACUAUGAUAAAUUCACCAUGGGGACCUUUCAUCAGGGCAGAAACACUGCUGGGGCUUCUUCGGCCCUGAGAUGAGACAGCUGUGCCUCUGCUUGUCUUCAUUCCCACAGUGACACAAGCAGCCGAAAAGCCCUGCAACAGAUAAACACAGUUAAACCUGAAAGACCGUGCUCAGUAAAACAACAUUCAAAUGUGUUAGACAAUUUCUCAUCGCUGCAGAUUUUAGAAGCAGAACUCUGGAAGACCGAGGGUAAUGGGGAACAUUUUGCUUUCGAGCUGCUCAGUUCAAACUCAAGCCGGCAAAUCUCGGUAUCUGCACUUUUCCUAUCAAGUGCUUAUUAUAAAACGGAAUUCUACAUUCCAUUGUAAACCUUCAUUUGUUCUGUGAAUGGAGUAACGAAAACAUCCCUUUGUAUGAAUGUCCUCUGACAUGUACGUAAACUGUUUUUUUACAUUAACAUUAAGGCAAUAAAAAAAGAGAUUAAAAGUAUUUACUGGAUUUAUUUGUAGUGUGACUGACAACUGUUUUCUGACUGUUGAAAGGCUGAAAAGCUUCUUGUAAGAGUGAGUUUAGAAAUGUGACCACACUGCAGAUGAAAAAACAAAAAGACAGAUUAAAAGGAUCGACAAGUGUUGCAAAUUAAUCUCUCAGCGUGAGGCAGAAAAUAAUAACAGUCAUCAAGAAGUUAUUUUAAAGGAUUGAUGUGUAGAAAAACCACAUGCUUUCUUUAGGGCUUUCUGACAAGCAGAGCCCUGCUGCUCUGUCGUAGACCAAGAUGAGUUUAGUCGGAAUUGGCCUUAACUGCAGCAGAGGGGCACUUGACAUUUGGAUUUCCACCAACACCUGUGAUCAUAUACAGCAGCUCCAUUGACCAUUUUAAACGACACCUCAUGUUUUGUUGGUUUCUGACAAUUUUCUCUUCAGUUGCUUAUGAAAAAAAUGUGGAAUUGCCCAUCACCUCUCUCUACAUCUUCUCAUGUUCAUUUGUAUAUAGAAAUGUUAUAUAGAGAUGUGCUUUUCUGUUGAAUUCAAAAUGAGUCCUGUUCGUUCUUGCAACUGAGUUUCGCUUCUAAUGCACUGCAGCUUCCCAUCGAUGUGUUAAAGGAGAUAUUGUAAAUCGUUCUGUCCGCAGAAGGAAGAAAGACUGUUUUAGACCAUUUUAGAUAAUGUAGCAAAAUCUGUUUAUGAGCUCUGAGUUAAGAACAGUCUGUUUUAGUGUUUGUGUUGCAGUUUCAAAGCGUGCACUGUAAUUCUGUACAGAGGAACCAAAUAAAAUGUUUUAUCGACUUCAAAAAC